GCCAUCUUAGUAGACCAGGGAGUGCCAUCGUCCUACAUCGAAUUAAGAUCCUGGUUAUUUUAUAUCACCAUGACAAUUAUGAUAUAUCGCCAUCCUAUCAGCAGCGGUGUUCUUGUUCUUGCGCAUCACUGUUCAGAAACCGGAGCGCCACAAAUCCAGAAAACCAAUAUUGCUUUCAAUCUCACAGCAGGCUCUCGUCACACCGCAGGUAUGCCGAGUCAUCAUGUCGCCCACAAAGAGCUAAGCGAUCCCGAUUGCAUCACAAAGCACCAGGAAGACCCCAGAAAACUUCUAGAUUCUAGAAAUGCCUCUUCGGUAUUGGUUGCUCUCGGGGGGUGAUCUCUUGAACAGACGGCUAAUUCCGGGCUGCCCUCAUGAUUCAUGAGAAUCGGAUCAAUGGGUCGAUGAUGCGAACGGGAAACCAACCCAGUUGAUUCAGAAAGAAGAAUUCCAGAGACUGGAUCAAGGGACCCACUCACAUGGUUCUUGUGUAGUGCGUACCCUUGUUCCUGUCUUGAUUGGAUCGUUU